AUGGCGGACGGUCUUUCUCUCUUUGACCUCACCUCUAGCGCCUCUCUUGCUCCUGCUGCUGAUGCUGACCCCACUAUUCGCUCUCAGUGGGCCACCCGCGUAGCUGCUGCACGUCUUGCUGUGCGUCGCCACCUCCCUACCACUAAGCGCGCGCACUUUAGUCAGUACAAGAGUGCUCAGACCUUGGACCACUUCCUCUCAGUCUGUCCCACCACUCUCACUGUUGACCUCCUCGAGAAGGACCUCCUAGCGGCGGAGAAGAGCAUAGUCGCUGUAGGAGCCUCUCGUGGAGACCCGCGCACCCCCAUCUUUGAGGGGUGUUCUCCUUCCCCCCUGCUGCCCUCUGUUGCCUCUGCUGCUGCUGCCAACCUGCUUGGUCUUGAGUCGGUCGGCGCGGCGUCUGCCCCUAGCGGGAGACGCCGCUCUGGCAAGGGCAAGGGGAGCAAGGGCGCGGGUGGAGCUGGCGGGGGCGGUGGGGGUGGAGGUGGAGGCGGCGGAGGGAGUGGGGGUGGCGGUGGGAGUGGUGGCCGGGGUGGUGGUGGUGGCGGCGGCAGCAGAGGCGGAGGCGGUGGCGGCGGCGGCGGUGGAAGCGGAGGCGGCGGUGGUGGCGGAGGUGGAGGCGGCGGUGGCGGAGGAGGUGGAGCCGGUCGGGGUAGUGCCCCGCAGCGGAGCGGUUCUGGUGGUGGUCAGCGCCAGCAGCAGCAGCAGCAGCGUUCUCGGGACAUCCCCCCGCCUCCGCAACUCCCGAUCUUUGAUAUUGACUUUGAUGCUAUCCUUGCUGCCAUGUAUGCUAUGACUAUUCGUGAUGAGGGUGACUCUUACCAGUGUUUCCCGCCCGACCCGGGCAUUGGUACUGCUGCGCUAGGUGCUUGUGAGACUACUGCUCUACAUGCUAGUGCAUCUGCGCUCUCAGGUACAGCGUCGGCUUCGACCUCCCUCACCUUCACACUUGACUCAGGGGCUUCUUGCUCCUUCUAUCGAGACCGCACCACACUCACGCCGCUUGGUCGGCCGGUUGCAGUCUCCCUAGCUGACCCCUCUGGGGGUCCGCUCCUCUCUCACUUCUCCACUGUCCUCCCGUGUCCGGCUGCCCCCUCGGGCACCCUGUCUGGUCUGUACCUCCCCUCGUUCUCGACGAACUUGGUAGCUGCGUUGGGUCAGGUGUUUGCUGCAGCGUCCAGGUCUGGUCAUGAGUCUGCCCCCUGCUCGUGUCGCCGCCUGUCUCACGAGACUCUCCUGUGGCACCACCGUCUUGGCCACCCCUCCUUGCCUCGUCUUCGGGGCAUGGCUUCCCGUGUCCUUGUCUCUGGUCUCCCCCGGUCUCUUCCUCCCCUUCCUUCGGGACCAGGACCUUCCUGUGUCCCCUCUGUCGAGGGGCGGCUCCGCGCUGCCCCUCACUCCUCCCAGUUUCCCCCGACAGAGGCUCCUCUGCAGACGCAUCACAUGGACGUGUGGGGCCCGGCCUGCGUCCAUGGACAGGGUCACGAGCGCUACCUCCUGCUGGUGGUUGACGACUACUCGCGUUACACCACAGUCUUCCGCUUGCGCAGCAAGGGUGGAGAGUUCUCCUCUGGCCUUCUGCGAGCCUACUACCAUGCACGAGGCAUCCGCCAGACCUUUACGCUUCCGGGCUCUCCACAACAAAAUGGGAUUGCUGAGCGCCGCUUUGGCAUGGUCAUGGACGUCGCUCGUACGUCCAUGAUGCAUGCGGCUGCCCCCCAUUUUCUGUGGCCGUUUGAGGUUCGGUACGCGGCGCAUCAGAUCAGCCUUCACCCCAAGGUCUCCCGGCCGGAGACCUCCCCAGCUCUGCUGUGGACGGGGAAGGUCGGCGAUGCGUCUGCGUUCCAUGUCUGGGGAUCUCGGGCGUUUGUCCGCGACUUGUCUGCGGACAAGCUGUCCCCUCGUGCUGCUCCCUGUGUCUUCUUCGGCUUCCCCCCUGACGCCCCAGGGUGGCAGUUCUACCACCCCUCCUCUCGUCGUGUUCUGUCCUCCCAGGACGUCACGUUCGACGAGUCAGUCCCGUUCUACCGCCUCUUCCCCUACCGCACUCCUUCCCUCCCCCCGCCACCGCACUUCCUUGUGCCAGGUCCCCCCCCAGUAGACCCCCUUCCCCCUCAGGGUCCUGCCCCUUCAGGUGUGUCCCAGGUAGACGCAGUCGAGCCGGUCGACGUUACUGGUGACUCUGGUCCUGCUGCAGGUGCUGAGCCUGGGGGAGCUGACUCUGGGGGUGCUGCGCGCGUGGCCUGA